GGGGCCGGCGGGCACGUGACCGGCGCGGCGCCAUGGCGGGCCCCGGGCCGCUGUCGCGCUUCUGGGAGUGGGGGAAGAACAUCGUCUGCGUCGGGAGGAACUACGCGGACCACGUCCGGGAGAUGCGCGGCGCGCCGCCCCGCGAGCCGCUGCUCUUCCUGAAGCCGUCCUCGGCGUACGCGCCCCCGGGCUCGCCGGCGCGCCUGCCCGCCUACUGCCGCCGCCUGCACCACGAGCUGGAGCUGGGCGUCGUGCUGGGCCGCCGCGCGCGCGCCGUGCCCGAGGCCGCCGCCAUGCGCUGCGUGGCCGGCUACGCCCUGGGCCUCGACAUGACCGCCCGCGACGUGCAGGACGCCUGCCGCGAGCGCGGCCUGCCCUGGACGCUGGCCAAGGGCUUCUCGGGCUCCUGCCCCGUCAGCGCCUUCGUGCCCCGCGAGCGCGUGCCCGACCCGCACGCCCUGCGGCUGUGGCUCCGCGUCAACGGCGAGCUCCGGCAGCAGGAGACGGCCGCCAUGAUCUUCUCCGUGCCCUUCCUCAUCAGCUACAUCUCCAGGAUCAUCACGCUGGAGGAGGGCGACUUCAUCCUGACGGGGACGCCUAGCGGCGUGGGGCCCGAGACGUACGGCGACGAAAUGGAGGCGGGCAUAGAGGGCGUGGACAGCAUGCGGGUGAAUGUGGAGCGGUCCGAACACUGA